UAGUUUGCGGUCAGGCAGAAGCGAGGACGGGGCGUGGCAGCACUGACUCGCGGGCUGCGUGGGGCUCGCCGAGCCCAGGAACGCGGGUGUCUGAGGUAGGGACGCGUAGUUCUCGUGUCCCGACGGCUGGGCGCGGAAAAUGGCGGCGAGAUGGAGCAGCGAGAACGUGGUGGUGGAAUUCCGCGACUCCCAGGCAACUGCAAUGUCUGUGGACUGUCUGGGGCAGCAUGCGGUGCUUUCCGGCCGCCGAUUCCUUUACAUCGUCAAUCUGGAUGCCCCUUUUGAAGGUCACCGAAAGAUCUCACGCCAGAGCAAGUGGGACAUCGGAGCCGUGCAGUGGAAUCCUCAUGACAGCUUCUCGCACUAUUUUGCAGCCUCGAGCAACCAACGGGUCGACCUUUAUAAGUGGAAAGAUGGCAGUGGGGAAGUUGGCACGACCUUACAAGGCCACACUCGCGUCAUCAGCGACUUGGACUGGGCGGUGUUUGAGCCAGACCUCCUGGUCACCAGCUCUGUGGACACCUACAUCUACAUUUGGGAUAUCAAAGACACCAGGAAGCCCACGGUGGCGCUCUCUGCUGUAGCGGGUGCCUCACAGGUCAAAUGGAAUAAAAAAAACGCUAAUUGCCUUGCCACCAGUCACGACGGGGACGUUCGGAUAUGGGACAAGCGGAAACCCAGCACGGCAGUGGAAUAUCUCGCAGCCCACCUCUCCAAAAUCCAUGGCCUGGACUGGCACCCAGACAGCGAGCACAUUCUCGCCACCUCCAGUCAGGACAACUCGGUCAAGUUCUGGGAUUACCGCCAGCCUCGGAAAUACCUCAGCAUUCUCCCUUGCCAGGUGCCUGUCUGGAAGGCCAGAUACACUCCUUUCAGCAAUGGAUUGGUGACGGUGAUGGUCCCCCAGCUGCGGAGGGAGAACAGCCUGCUCUUGUGGAAUGUCUUUGACCUGAACACUCCGGUCCAUACCUUUGUGGGCCACGAUGACGUGGUGCUGGAGUUCCAGUGGAGGAAGCAGAAGGAAGGGUCCAAGGACUACCAGCUGGUUACGUGGUCUCGGGAUCAGACCUUGAGAAUGUGGAGGGUGGAUUCCCAGAUGCAGCGGCUGUGCGCACAUGACCUCUUGGAUGGUGUCGAUGAGUUCAUUGAGGGCAUUUCUCUGCUGCCAGAACCGGAGAAGACCCUUCACACUCAGGACGCGGAGCACCAGCACAACUCAAGCCACGGGGAAGAAGAAGUCUUAAAGGAAGACCCCCCGAGCAGUCUCCUGGAAGAGAAGAAAUCAGACCCGCUGGGCCUGCCUCCGACUCUGCAGCAGGAGUUCUCCCUGAUCAACGUGCAGAUCCGCAACGUCAACGUGGAGAUGGAUGCAGCAGACAGGAGCUGCACGGUGUCCGUGCACUGCAGCAACCAUCGCGUCAAGAUGCUGGUGAAGUUCCCGGCGCAGUACCCGAACCACGCGGCCCCUUCCUUCCAGUUCAUUAACCCCACCACCAUCACGUCCACGAUGAAAGCAAAGCUGCUGAAGAUCCUGAAAGACACUUCCCUGCAAAAAGUGAAACGCAACCAGAGCUGUCUGGAGCCCUGCCUGCGCCAGCUCGUCUCCUGCCUCGAGUCUUUUGUGAACCAAGAAGACAGUGCUUCCAGCAACCCCUUUGCGCUCCCGAACUCCGUCACGCCGCCCCUACCAACGUUCGCCCGGGUCACCACCGCUUACGGGUCCUACCAGGAUGCCAAUAUUCCUUUUCCCCGGACCUCGGGGGCCAGGUUCUGUGGGGCAGGGUACCUGGUGUAUUUCACGAGGCCCAUGACGAUGCAUCGAGCAGUGUCUCCAACAGAGCCCACUCCAAGAUCUCUCUCGGCCUUGUCUGCCUAUCACACUGGCUUGAUUGCGCCCAUGAAGAUCCGCACCGAGGCCCCCGGGAACCUGCGUUUGUACAGCGGGAGCCCCACACGCAGCGAGAAGGAGCAGCUCUCGGUCAGCUCCUUCUACUACAAGGAGCGGAUGUCUCCUCGCUCUGCCCGGCGACGUUGGUCCAUACAAGCAAUUAACGACUUCCCGAAAUCGAGGAGAUGGAAAAGUAAGCGGGAGGGCUCGGACGCUGGCAAUCGACCCAUCAAGGCUGCUGGGAAAGUGAUCAUUCAGGAUAUCGCCUGCCUUCUUCCUGUUCACAAGUCCCUGGGAGAACUGUACAUAUUGAAUGUGAAUGAUAUUCAAGAAACGUGUCAGAAGAACGCCACUUCUGCCUUGCUUGUCGGAAGGAAGGAUCUUGUCCAGGUUUGGUCACUGGCUACAGUAGCUACGGAUCUUUGCCUUGGUCCGAAGUCUGACCCAGAUUUGGAAACACCCUGGGCUCGACAUCCAUUUGGGCGACAGCUGCUGGAGUCCCUGUUGGCUCAUUACUGCCGGCUCCGGGACGUGCAGACACUGGCCAUGCUGUGCAGCGUGUUUGAAGCCCAGUCCCGGCCGCAGGGGGUGCCAAACCCCUUUGGGCCUUUUCCCAGCCGCUCCUCUAACCUUGUGGUGUCUCACAGCCGAUACCCCAGCUUUACUUCCUCUGGUUCCUGCUCAAGCAUGUCCGACCCAGGGUUCAACACCAGCGGCUGGAACAUAGCGGGCAGAGAGACAGAACACAUGUCUUCCCCUUGGGGAGAGUCUUCACCAGAAGAAAUCCGCUUUGGGAGUCUGACCUACAGCGAUCCUCGGGAGCGCGAACGUGACCAGCACGAUAAAAAUAAAAGGCUUCUGGACCCGGCUAACACCCAGCAGUUUGAUGACUUUAAGAAGUGCUAUGGAGAAAUCCUCUACCGCUGGGGUCUGAGAGAGAAACGAGCUGAAGUGCUGAAGUUUGUCUCCUGCCCUCCUGAUCCUCACAAAGGGAUCGAGUUCGGCGUGUACUGCAGCCACUGCCGGAGUGAGGCGGGCACGCAGUGUGCCAUCUGCAAAGGCUUCACCUUCCAGUGCGCCAUCUGCCACGUGGCCGUGCGGGGCUCGUCCAAUUUCUGCCUGACCUGCGGGCAUGGGGGACACACCAGCCACAUGAUGGAAUGGUUUCGGACCCAGGAGGUGUGUCCCACCGGGUGUGGGUGCCACUGCCUGCUUGAAAGCACUUUCUGAGCUUCUGGCCUGGGGAGUUGUUGGAAAUCCCAGAGGACCCCGUCACUGCCGUGACAGCUCUGCCAGGAGAGAGGCUCCAGAAGCCACCUCCAGCUAGACCAGGACAUGUCCCCCUCUGUGGUGACACGGCGCCAGCUGCUCAUGAGCCUUUGCCUUCUCCUUUGCGGGUGGCGGUGAGGUGGGUGGCGGUGGAGGAGGACACAGGCAGAUGUGCAGCGCUGCGCAGACAGCUGGAAGUUUCCUUGGAGAAAAGCACCUGCCUCCAGAGCUGUGUUUACCUUUAUGAUAUUAACUUUAAACCACGAAACAGCAUCCUUUCUGUUGUCAUCACAGAGACCAAGGUCGGCUGCAAAGGACAGUCUCCUGAACCAAAGGACAGUGGACUAAUUGAGUUGACAAAUGGGCCUAUGACAUAAGUUGGUGCAUUUAAUGAACGGAUGGAAUGUGGCCUUUUAAAAUAUGAAACAAAUUAUAAAUAUGUAAUGUACUUAAGGAUCCUUAAGAUGUAUUUUUUUUGUUUGUUUGUUACUUCUAGCUGCUCCCCUUGGAGAAUAAAAUUCUAAUAAUCAUUUGAAAAAAUAAGGAAUGAGGAAGUUGAACAACAUUUUAAA